AUGUAUUGGCAAAUUCUGGUCAACACAUUGCAAACGCCUCUUCAAAGGAUCCUAUGGCGAAACGAAACAGAUUCCAAUAUCAAGACAUACGAGCUACUUACGGUCACCUACGGCACCGCCUCUGCUUCGUAUUUGGCGACGCGAUGUCUCAAGCAUUUGGCCGAACAAUGCGAGGUCAAACACCCAAUAGGAGCGAAGCACAUCAUGCAAGAUUUCUACGUGGACGAUCUGCUGACCGGAGCGGAUACUCCCGAGAAUGCGAAAUUAAUUCGAGAAGAAAUAAUCAAAAUACUACAGAUGGGAUCAUUGGAGCUCAGCAAGUGGGCUUCAAAUUGCCAGGAGUUAAUCGAAGACGUCACGAGUCGAAGCAAGGACUCGGUCGAAAUCAGCGACGACGUAACCUAUCGCAUCUUAGGUAUGAUAUGGAACCAAUUCGGGGACACGUUCCAGAUUUCACACGAGGUCCAAAACAAACGUGACAGCUUGUCGAAGCGCACGAUACUUUCCGGCGUCGCAAGACUGUUCGAUCCCCUUGGACUCCUCGGUCCCGUUAUUGUUACCGCAAAGUUCAUCGUACAAGAACUAUGGCAAGCUGGCAGCCAUUGGGACGAGGCCGUUCCGCAGGACAUUCACACACGAUGGUUAAGGUUCGAACAGCAGCUAGUAGAACUAAAACACGUGCAAGUCUCACGAUGCGUGAAAUUCACCGCGGACCCGCAAGGAGUGCAGGUACACGGGUUUUGCGAUGCCAGCCAGCAAGCCUACGGAGCUUGCAUAUACGUCCGAACAAGGCUCGACGAGAAUCAGUAUCGCGCGGAACUAUUGUGUUCAAAAUCUCGCGUCGCACCACUCAAGGCAAUAUCAUUGCCGAGAUUGGAGCUCUCCGCGGCGUUACUACUAUCCCAGUUACUAGAUAACGUCCGCGCGUCAUUCGACAUAUCAAACAUGGAGGUCUUCCUGUGGUCGGACUCAACGGUAACGCUGAAUUGGAUAAGCUCACCGUCCCGGAGGUGGGAGAUUUUUGUGGCCAACAGGAUUGGAGAAAUCCAGCGCUUGACCGAAAUUGGGAAUUGGCGACACAUCGCUUCAGUGGACAAUCCUGCUAACAUGCUGUCACGGGGACUUUACCCGCACGAAUUGGUGGACGCGGAAUCAUGGUGGCACGGUCCCACAUUUUAA